AAACUCCUAACCAGAGAUGAAAUUCAGCACCAUGAGAUUAUUUUCGCUGUUACACAGAAAAAUCAAUCGUCCGACGGUUUCAAAACCCUACUCCCAAUUCACGAUCUCUACUUCUGCACAGUUCCACAACACCGAAUUCAAUUCGAUCCAAUCGAUUUCAGAGAACCCCACUUUCUGCCUUUUGAAUCUCUGCAGAUCGAUCUCUUCCCUCCAAAAUACCCUUCUGAUUGUUGAUGGCGGAACCGAUGACCCUUUACUGAAAACUAAAUUAGUCGGUAUGUAUGGCUUAUUCGGGUAUGUUAACAAGGCGCGGCUGCUGUUCGACGAAAUUCCUCACCCAGAUUUUGGUUCGUGUAAAGUGUGACUGAUGAUCAGGUGGUACUUCAUGAAUAAUCUUUACGAGGACAUUAUUGCGUUCUAUAAAUUUAUGAGGAGGAGAUUUUUGGUUCCUGAUAAUAUGAUUUUUUCGAUCGUGUUGAAGGCGUGCACCAAAUUGAGGGAUUUAAGUGAAGGGAGGAAGCUGCAUUGUUGCAUACUUCAGAUUUGCAGUCCGGACAGCUUUGUGCUGACUGUGCUUGUUGAUAUGCAUGCAAAGUGUGGAGAACUCAAUACCGCUCGCAAGAUGUUUGAAAGAAUUCCUGACAGGAAUGUGGUUUGUUGGACCUCAAUGAUUGUUGGUUAUGUGCAGAAAAAAUGCGCGAAAGAAGGGUUACUAUUGUUCAACCAUAUGAGGGAUUGCCUUGUCGAAGCAAAUGCUUACACUUCAGGGAGUAUAAUAUCAGCAUGUGCAAAACUAGGGGCUUUGCACCAGGGCAAAUGGGUGCACGGAAAUGUGAUCAAGAACGGGAUUGUAAUGAAUCCCUACUUGUUUACCUUAAUUUUGGAUAUGUAUGUCAAAUGCGGGGCUAUAAAGGAUGCCCGAUCGAUUCUCGAUGAGUUUCAUAUUAUUGAUCUUGUUUCUUGGACAGCCAUGAUUGUGGGGUAUGCACAAAAUGGCUUCGCCGAAGAAGCAUUACUCUUGUUCAUUGACAAGAAAUGGCAAGAUGUUUGUCCUAACUCAGUUACAUUGGCUAGUGUACUGUCAGCUUGUGCGCGGUCUGAAAAUCUCUGCAUGGGUUCGUUAGUUCACGACCUAGGUUUAAAACUAGGGCAAGACGAUGCCAAUGUAAUGAACGCGCUAGUGGACAUGUUCGCCAAGUGUAGUAGGAUAGAAGAUGUUGCUUGUCUAUUUGAGUCCAUCAUAGAUAAGGAUGUUGUCUCGUUGAACUCGAUUAUAAGCGGUUAUUCUCAAAACGGAUAUUCUCACAAAGUUCUUAGAUUGUUCAACCGCAUGAGGUCAAAUCGGGUCCCGCCCGAUCCAGUCACUAUAGUGGCUCUACUAUCCGCUUGUGCUUCUCUUGGAGACUUUCGAAUUGGCUCUUCUUUUCAUGCUUACUCUAUAAAAGAAGGUUUUUCUGUGUCUACUAGUGUAUAUAUCGGAACAUCACUUCUGAACUUAUACGCCACAUGCGGUGAUGCAGAAUAUGCUCGAGCGGUCUUCGAUGACAUGGCGUGGAGUGCAAUGAUUGGCGGUUACGGAAGGCAAGGUGACUCGAACGAGUGCAUCGAACUUUUCGAUAAAAUGGUGAAGGAGAAUAUGGGGCCCACCGAUAUAAUUUUUACGACGAUAUUAUCCGCUUGUAGCCAUAGUGGGAUGAUAAAUGAGGGUUGGAGAUAUUUCGGUAGAAUGUGCGAAUAUUACGAUUAUACCUCUUCGAUGAGGCACUACGUGUGUAUGGUGGAUUUGUUGGCUCGUUCUGGAAGGCUCGAGGAAUCUUUGGAGUUCAUAGAGAAUAUGCCGAUUGAACCCGAUUGUGCUGUGUUUGGAUCUUUUCUUCAUGGAUGCGGCGUGCAUUCGAGAUUUGAUUUGGGGGAUUUGGCUGUAAGAAAGAUGCUUGAGCUUAGUCCUGAUGAUCCAGGGCAUUAUAUGCUUAUGUCUAAUUUGAAUGCUUGUAGAGGGGGGUGGGGGCAGGUUGGUCAUUUCAGAGAUUUGAUGAACAGUGGAGUUUGAGGAAGAAGAUUGGGUGUAGUCAUGUUGACUUAUGUGGUUAAUAAAAUUAUUGUUUUUAUUAUCAGCAGCAGGGCUGAAAAUCGAACAGAUCGAAUCGGACUAGCACUUUUUUGUAAACAAUUCAAUUUUUUUUGGAAAUGAAAAACCAAUUCUAAUUCCGUUCCAAAAAAAAUUG